AUGUUGCCAAUUCUAAGCUUGUCGAGGUUGGCGACACUGGCCCUUGGGGCCUCCGCUGUCGUCGCCCAGAACGUGCAGCAGCGUCAGCCGAACAUUGUCUUCAUCUUGACUGAUGACCAGGACGAGCAACUCGGUUCCCUUGACUACAUGCCAUAUGUCCAGAAGCAUUUUGUUCAGCAGGGAACUUACUACCGCAAGCACUUUUGCACGAUUGCAAUUUGCUGUCCAUCUCGUGUCAGCUUGUUGACGGGGCAGGCGGCGCACAACACCAAUGUCACAUAUGUCACUCCCCCUCACGGUGGCUACCCGAAGUUUGUCUCCCAAGGAUACAACGACAAGUAUCUCCCUGUCUGGCUUCAGGACGCUGGCUACAACACAUACUACACCGGCAAGCUCUUCAACUCUCACUCCACUGAGAAUUGGAACAAUCCUUUUCCCAAGGGCUGGACUGGGAGUGACUUCCUUUUGGAUCCUAACACCUAUCUCUACUUGAAUGCGACGUUCCAAAGAAAUCAAAGCCCCCCUCAGACUUUCCCGGGCGACUACAGCAACGACUUGGUUGCUGAACGAGCUCUUGGCUUCUUGGACGAUGCUCUCAAGUUCAACGGCAGCAAGCCUUUCUUCUUGGGCGUUGCACCGAUCGGCCCUCACAACAACGGGCUUGGCGGCGAGACCAGUGCUGGUGCGACGCCGCCCAUCCCUGCGAAAAGGCACGAGAACCUCUUCUCAAAUGUGACUGUUCCUCGCACUUACAACUUCAACCCUGAUAAGCCGAGCAUGGCCAAUUGGGGCCUCAUCAUCCCCCAGCUGAACGCCACUGAGAUAUCAUACGGUGACAACUACUACCGCCGCCGUCUCCAAACACUGCAGUCCGUUGAUGAAAUGGUCGACGCCGUCAUUAAGCGUCUUGAUCAGGCCGGUGUCCUCGACAACACCUACGUCAUCUUCACGUCUGACAAUGGUUUCCACAUUGGACAGCAUCGUCUGAAGCCAGGAAAGACUUGCGCCAUUGAGGAAGACAUCAACGUGCCCUUCUUGAUUCGCGGCCCCGGCGUGCCAAAGGGAAAGAAUGUGGACUUCGUCACAACCCACACCGACAUUGCUCCCACGAUCUUCUCGUUGGCUAACAUCCCCCUGCGUGAGGACUUUGAUGGAUCUCCCAUCCCCUUCUCCGAGGAUGGAAUCCAAAAAGCCCAGGGUGACCCUAAGCAUGACCACGUCAAUGUAGAGUUUUGGGGCACUCAACGCGGGUAUGACGCCUUUGGCGGAGCAUCUGCGAAUAACACUUACAAGGCCAUGCGUGUUCUCGGCGACGGAUAUAGUCUGUUCUACUCAGUUUGGUGCAGCAACGAGCGCGAAUUCUACGACAUGAAGUUACAGAAGGACCCAGGCCAGAUGACCAACCUUGCCGGAAGCGCUUCAGGCCAGUUGCUCGAUCGUCCCCUAUCCGUCGUUCAAGACCGUCUCGAUGCUCUAUUGUUAGUCCUCAAGAGUUGCAAGGCCGAGACUUGCAGGCUCCCAUGGAAGCACAUCCACCCGGAAGGUGGCGUCGAGAACCUCCGAGAUGCACUUGAUGUCAAGUAUGACGAGUUUUACGCCGGGCAGCCCAAGAUUUCCUUUUCGGAUUGCAAAGACUUUUAUGACAUUGCUUCUGAGGGAGCGCAGGACACCUUGGUUUAUUACGACCCGUGA